ACAGUGAUUGUUGUAGGCUGGGUGACUGCUCCCUGGGCAAGGCGCGAAAAGAAAAAUCAACUCCUGGAAUGUGGGCAGCCUUUUAUCAGUCUGGACACCGAAAUGGCAACCGGUCGCAAUCGCCUAGCCGCUCUCACUGGCGACGACACGUUCCAGUUUACAUUCAGUGUACCAGUUCCCAAGUUCCAACCACCAACGUACCAGCGGUCAGAAAAGCCUGAGCCAUCGUCUGAUAAUUCUACACCAGAUUCCAGCUGCUCUCAGCUUUUGUUUUCGCUCAUUCCAGAAAGCCAUGACGGCGAUGGAAGUGACGAAAGCGAGAUCGCGGACGAAGAAAAGGGUCAAGAGGAGGACGACCGUGCCCAUCAUGAAUCGCAUGCCAAGGAAUCACCAGAGGAAUUAAUGACAACAGCUGCUCAUCCCCCCAAAGCUUCUUCUGGACAAGUCGUCGUUCGCAGGUUGAGAACACGAAGCGUUAUUGUAUCCGACGAUGCCGCACAAAAACCCUCCAGAAAGACAACCGCCAAACGUAAGCCUAUUCAGCGUAAACGCAAAGCAGACCCGAACGACGAAAAUAGCCAUCAGCAUCUUUCAAACGCACCAACGACGGACGAGGAUGACGUUCAUGCAGCUGCUAAAGACGAAGACAAGGCCCCACCGACCAAGGUUCGACGAUCUUGGAAAUCGAGAUACACAGAUGAGUCGUCUGAGAGAGUAGGCUUGAAAGAAACAAACGACCGAUACUCUUUUACCAAAGGCGCUUUGGCUGCUGCAUCAGAGAUCAAGCAAGAUCACCAUGACGACCAUAGCUAUUCAACUGAAAACUCGCUUCUUGAGAUGUCACACCAUGAACACUCACGUCUUGAAAUCUCACAACUUGAAGACUCCGGCAUUGAGAACUCUCUUGAGAUAUCUCAACUGGAAGAGUCCAAAAUCGAAACCUCCCACCUUGCGGACUCGCAUCUUGAAUUUCGAAGUGGAUAUGACUAUUUCGUCGGUGUCAGCGAGGAAGAAAACGAUGAUUACGGCUAUCAUGGGUCGGAUGAACAUGAAGGCAGUGGAGUAGGACAUAUUUUGGAUGCUUCGGAUGCACUGAAGUUGAUCAAGCAGCGACGCCAGGAAAGGCUGUCUAAAACCACAAACCCACCACCCCAAGUUGACAGUUGUGAAUCCUUACCGCCCUCCAGCCUCCCUCCAGCCAAAGCUGAAAGAAUGGUCCCCACGUCCAAAUCAGAAGACUUUUGUUAUGUUGAUUCUGACUGUGAAGAACCACCGCCUCCGGACGCGCGAAACGACGAGGAUGGACGUAAACUUGUCUAUGUAUUCCGCGGGCAACGCUAUUUCACAGAUGUCGACCUGACGGAAAUCCCUUGGGCGGCGGCAGAUAGCGAGGAUGAAGAUGACUUACAACAAAUCCGGUUUAAGCCUAGGGUUCUUUGGCCUGAUCAUCCAGAGGACGCCAAUAGUCGAAUCAAGCUAAGAGAUACCCCCGUGAACUCCAGGUUAUUGUAAAAUAUGUAUAUAUCAUCCUCCGUCAAUGUCUGGCUCGCUCGCUCGAUUGACAACGUUGUAUUCCCCCUUGCUCUGCACUUUCUAGUACUUCUUCGUUAUUUCCCCCCCCCCACCCAAUUCACACACCUUACCAUGACGCUUAGUCCAUUGACUAUGUUGUCUUUUUUGCUCCUUCUUGAUCUAUCACACUUGAUUUGCAUUAAACAUUUGAAAAAAAUAGGAAUGUAGUGGGCAAAAUGGCAAUGUGUUUAUUGAUUGGCACUAAUACAUUAAA